AUGAAUAAUAAUUGCACUCAUAUUACUUUGUUGUUAGAUUUGUCACCUUCAUUAGCUAAAUUUGAAAUGUUAACUUCAUUAGACUUCAAAUACGAAUUUUUAAUCGAGGCUUUAACAUCUCUAAUAAAAAUGUUGUCUAAUUAAUUAUUGAGCAUAUUCAUAAUUAAAGAGGAGAGUGUUAUUACAUUUCUUAGAAAUCAUCCAGCAACAAAUUUGCCACUUUUAAUUUAGCUAUUAGCUGAAUAUAUUCGAAAUCAUUAUUCCAAUUAGAAUAUCACAAUUAAGAAAACUAUUUAAUAAGCAAUCGAUAUGACUAUUUCAUAAUUAAGAAGCUAUCAGUAACCAUAUAACAAUAAGAAAUAUAUAAUAUUUAGUGAUUUUACUAAUUUUAGUUAUGGAGGAUUCCUAUCUUUUGAUUUAUGGGACACACAAGGAUAUAAUUUUUCAUUUAAUGGGGUUUUGAUAGGAUCAUAGAAAUUGAAUGGUUAUGAGUCAUUCAAAUUAGUCAUAGAUCCUUAAGUAAUUUCAGAUUAUAUGGAAAACCUUAAUGGAGAAUUGUAUGAUAUCAAUCUGAGAAAUAAAAAUGGAAUUCCUUUUGAAGUAGAUUAAUUUAUAAUACCAAUUAAUAAUAAUAAACAAAAUUAUAAUACUAGAUAAUAAAUAGGAGAGUAUAUUAAUAAAUACCCAAAGGAAAUGUAUGAAAUGAGAAAGAAGGAAGGAUUCAAAGAAGAAAAUUCACAGACUUUAAGUAUUAGAGUAAAUGAUUAAAUGAGGUUGCUUUAUUUGAUAGGGGAAGAAAAGGUUGCUAUAUUAUUAGAAAGAAAUUAAUUGAUGGAUAGACCAUAGAGUCCAUAAAAGAAAUAAACAGAAUAGGAUAAUGAAAUUAAUAGUAAUUGUAGAACGCUAUUUGAAAUGUACAAAGAAAGAGAUCAUUUAUAAGAGAUAGUUUUGGAUAUGCAAUUAUAGAAAAUAUCUAUAGAAGAAGGGAUGGGUAUAUUGGUGAAGUUAAAAGCAUUUGAGAGUCAAAAAUUUAUAAAUAGAAAUUUUAAACAAAUUUCUUUAGUUUAUUUGAUUCGUCCUAUAGAUUUUCGAUAAUUUCAAGAAGAAGGAGAGGAAUUUAACAAAGCAUAAUUUUAUCUUUACAUUCGUUAAAAAUUGCAGGAGGUUUCAACUAAAUAAUUACAGAAUUGUUUAUUGUAUUAAUAAGAAUAAGAUUUUGUGAUGAUUAGAAUUCUUUGGCAUUCUCAUACAAUUAUUAGAUUGAUUUGUAUUUAUAAUGAUUCAAAAAUGCUUCCAAUCAUUUAAAAUAGAAUAAAGGAGGUUUUCAAAAGUAAUUAGAUUUUAAGAAACUCACUCAUUGAAUUUGAUCAUUCUCUCAAAAACCUACUAAUAAAAAGUGAGACUCAUGUAUUAAAAAAGAAUCCAGAUUUAUAUGUUUUGGAGAGAUGUUGGGAAUGGAAAAAGGAAUUGAUUUGGGAUUUGUAAUAAAUGUAUCGAAUAUUGACAAGUGUGAGGAUUAAAUCAAAUUAUUGGAGAAUACCUUCUUUGAACGAUAGAACAAAUAAAUUUUUUGUUGCUCAACUGGAAUUAGGAUAAAAGGUUGUAAUAGUUCAAAAUUUGAUAUUUCAGGAAGAUCGAAUUGUAUGCAAUAUUUUUACUGAAAAUAUAAUUUCAGAAGAAAGGAAUGUUCUGAUUGAGUAUUUUGAUAAAAUAAAAGAAUUUGAGAAGUAAAUAAUCAUAACUCUUCAUACUGCUCAUAGCAUGUAUAGAUAAACACUAAUAAAGAAAUAAAACGAAAGUCAAGUAGACUUUUUCACAUUAUAAUUUUUCACAAGACAAGGAAAGCUAUUCUAAACAAAAAAAUAAGUUAAUAAUUAAUUCCGAGAUUAUGCUUAAGCAUAAGCAACUUAUUAUCCACCUCCAACUAGUUAAUUAGAUUACAAUUCUUUAUUUUAGAAGGGUUAUUUGUAUUAUGAAAUAAAAUAAAAGUAAAUAGAUGCAGAAUGCAAGAAUAGAUUGAAUACAGGAUAUCUUUAGGUUUUAAAGUCUAUAGCUAAUUAUGCUGUUUUAAGAAAAUAGAGUCAAAUAAAUUAUGAUUUGAUGUUUAUUGUUGUUGGUCCAUAGAGAUUAAUAAUGAUUGCAUUUACUUUUGAAAAUACAUCAUUUUAUUUGAUAUCUUUGGAGCAGAUAGAAAGAAAUCAUACAUCUCAUCCUUUUUUGAAUGCUAAUCAAGAAAAAAAGGUGGAUGCUUUGAUAAAUUAUGUAUAAUAAGAAUAUCAUUCUGUGUUUGCUAAAGAGAUACAUUAAUAAUUUAUGAAUAACAUUUUUACAUGUUCAAUUUAAGAGGCUAUUGAAGGAUGUUAAUUAGAAACAUUGGAUAUUGAUUUGAAUUAAGCUUAAUAAGAUCUUAGAGCAUUAUUUGAUUAAUCAACAAGAAAAAUUUAGAAAAAAUCUUAAAUUGUUGAAGAGAGUCCAAGUCCAAAUAAAUAGUUUAGAAGAUCAACAAAUUAGCAGAGAUUGAAUGACAUAAAAUAAAACUUUGUUUAGAAAUAAUGUUAAAAAUGGGACGAGAGAUUAUAGAAAUUAAUGAAUGAUCAUAAGAUUAAUAUGAAAUAGAUAGAGAAUUCUUUGUAAUGUUAUUAUUAUGAUAAUAAACAAGAAAAGAAUGAAAAUAUAUUAUUUUUAAGUUUGAAAUUCAGAGAUGGAGAAGCAGAAUAUUCAAGCAUAUAAUAAUUGAUUGAAAAUUUUAGAUUAAAAUAAAAGAGAAUGAAAUUAACUAUAUCAUAUUUGAUUUAUUAUUAUGAAUAAAGAAGUCUAAUAAAGAUAUUGAAUGAAGGUUUGGAUUAUCUAUAAGUAGGUUAUGGAGAUGAGGUGACAUCAGUUAAAUUAAAGAUUUAGAAAUGGUCAGAUCCUUUUAGAAAAUAUAAUCAUUUGUAUUUGAAGAAGUUUUAAUUGGAGAUAUAAAGGUUGUUGCCAAUAAGUGAAGAGAAUAUAAAAUUCAUAUAUAAUUUGAUUGAAGGAAUGGAGUGUAAAAUUAUAGAAGAAAAGGAGAUGGAUAAAAAAUAUGAUAAGCAUUUUGCAGCUUAAUUUUCUGAAGAAAUUAGAAAUACUUCUGAAUAAAAUCAAUUAUUAAAAUACUUAAAUCUAUCUGGUGAAUAUUAUGUCUUUGUUUUAACAGUUGAAAAUUGUAAUAUGCCUUAAUUUGACGAGUUUGAAGUAGAGAAAGAAUAUUUAGCAGAUGAAUAAUCAGUAAUUCCAUUUUGGUUUAUACUAAGAAUUUGUGAUUAAAGUCUUUAGAUCUAAUGUUAUUCAGAAUAUUACUUUGAAUCAAUUAAAGAAACAGCACAGGAAUUAAAAAAGUUAAUCUAAGAAACUAUUGAUACAACAUUAUUGUAUUUGAUGAUAAGAAAAGCAACUGAAUCAACAAAUAAAGUGAAACUAAUAUUAACUCCUUAUUUUUAAAUAGAUGAAGACCUUCCUGCUUAAGAAUAGAUUAAAUAGAAUUAGAAUCCUACUCCUGUUCCUCCUCCUUAAUAAAAGGGAAGAUAAAUGUGGAAGAAUAAAACUGUAGUUGAAACUAAAGUGCCAGAAAGUAAGGAAUAAAAUGUACCAUUUGUUGGUUGGAAAGUGUUUCAUCCAUAUUAACCAAAAAAACCAUUUAUUUAAUGUCUUAUCAAUAAUACUAUAUUGAUGAAUCAUCAAAUAGAUUCUAAUUAAUAUUAUGGACAACUUGAUAAAUAAUAUUAUUUAUUCAGCUUCUAAACUGUGAAGAAUUUAAAUAAUUAUGCUGAAAAAUAUCCUGAGUUAUGUUCUGAUAUUAUUCAAGGUCAAAUUUCUAUAAUUAUGAAUGUUUAUUCCACUAAUAAGAAUCUCAAAAAGAUUAGAUAAGAUAUUGAUUAUUAUUAUGAGCAUAUUAAGAGAAAUAUGGAUGAAGAUACUAUUAAUGCUUUAUCUUAAGGAGUUAUACGUAAUCCAAGAUUGAAAGACUAGGAAUUCAAUCUGAUCCAAAAGGGAGAACAUAAUUAUAUUGAAAUUUUAUUGAAUAAUAAUAUUCAGGAUAUGCUUGCAUUUUCUACUUUUAUGAGACACAAUCUAGAAAAAACCUUUUGUAAAUAUGAAGUACAAUAAUAGGAGAAAUAAAAAAAUGAUUUACUAAAGGAUGAUCUUAAAUUUAUAGUUGAUCAACAUGAGAACUCUUUCAUCUUUUCAAAAUAUAAGGUAGUCUAUUCUCCUAAUGUAAAUAUGUCAAAUUUUUUUGGUUAAGGAUUAUGUUUGUUAAAUUUUUUAUACUAAGUAGAUGGAGGAAUUAUUACGUCAUACUAAUUUCCUAAAUAACCUAAAUCUGUUUAAUAGGAUGAUCUGUUGGUUAUUCCUGGUUCUUUGCCUCUUCUUUAAUUUUUUUAAGGGCCUCGUCCAGUCAAAGGUGAAAUUUGUUAUGAUAUUACAAAAAGUUAUAAUGAAAAGUUCUUAAUAGUUGAUGUGAUUUCAAGAGGAUAAUUAGAAUGGAAUGCUUUUAAGGAGUAUUUCUCAGCUUUAGUAAGGUAGGUUGAAUUAGAAUAUUAAAUUGAAAUUAUUUAAUAGAAAGGAAAAAUUAAAGAUUAACUUUAAGAAAUAUAACAAACUUUUAAAAAAUUGAAACAUUAUAGUUUUAAGAUGCAUCAUUUUGUUUAUCCAUUACAUUUUGAUGAGAUAUUAUGGGUAAAUGUAAUGAAUUAUCUAAAAAAUAAAAUUGUUGUUGAAUUCGAUAAGAAAGGUAUCAAUUUUCAAACUCUUUAAGCAUUUGAAUAGUAAUUUUCAAUUCAACCAUAGGAGUAAUUAGAUUAUGGUUCUUUGGUUUAUAUAAUAAAUGAUAGUCAAGAUAAUGAAUAAGAGACACUUUUGGAUGGUGCUAAACAUUUUGCUUCAUAAAAAUAAAAGAAAAAUGAUCCUAUAGAUUUAUAUCAAAGAAGUUUAUUAGUAUAUUUGCAUAUAUAGAAUUAAACUUUAGAAGUGUUUUUGUAUAAUUUGAAUUGUGAUAUAGCUGCAAAUUUAAAUCAUUAUUUUGGAAUAUUGUCAAGAUGGUCAAUAAUAAGAAAUUUAGUGGCAUAGAAAAUGAAAAAUGAUCUUUGUGGAUGUUAUAAUAUAAGAUUAUCGCCAUUGUAUGAGGAGAUAUUUAUGAGAAAGCAUAAUAUUUAUGAACAUUCAAUAGUAAAUGAUUUAUUGAGAUUAAGAAGUUAGGAUUAAGCAAAUAAGAAAGCAAAAAAAGAGGAUUAACCAGAUUAAUUUGCAACAGUUACAAAAGCAAUAGAGACAAUAGUGAUGAAUGAAUAUCCUCCUUAAGAUAUUUAAUUAUUUGAGUUUGUAAAGCAUCUUGAGAAGUUUUUGAAAAUAAAUUUUAGUGUAGUAAAACCGAAGAAGUUGAAUGUUGAUUAUAAUUGUAAAGGUGAUUUUUUAUAGAGGGAAGGGAAGGCGUUUUUAGAAUUGAUAAAGGAUUUUUACAAGAAUUAUAUAUAGACUCAAUUGAUAAAGUAUGUAAAGAAGAUGAAGGUAUCAGGAGAUUAAUAGGUGACAUAGUGUAAACCAAUAUUGGAUAAGAUAUUGAAUUAAAGUAAGUGUCGAUUAUAAUCGUUUCCUUUAUAUAUAUUUAGAAUGAAGGAGAAAUCAGAAUUAAAGGGGAGUUUGGAUUUGGAAUAAGAAUAUUAGCAUUUGAUAAAUAAGGGGUAUAAGAAGGUGUUAAGAUAAGAGAAUUAUGAGAUAUUUUUGGGAGAUGAUAUAAAGAAGGAUGAGAAUGAAGAUCAUUUAUAGGAUGAUGAAAUGAAGAAGAAUAUUUAAUUAUUGAAUGAAGAGGAGGCUAAGAGUCUUAUGUUAUCAGUUGAUUUACAUUUAUAUAAUAAUGAAAGUAUGCAAAGACAUAUGAAUGUUCAUGUUUAAAGUUCUGAGAUGAUUAGGAGAGUGAAUUAUUUGAGAAGAAAGGAUAAUCCAUCAAUAAUAAAAAUGGUUGCUUUAAUUUCAUUUAAAUGUCCAUUUGUAUUUGAAAAGAUGUAUUGUUUACCAGGAGAAGAAUUACCAUAAGAAGAGAAAGGAAUUGAGAAUGUAACAUAUUAAAAAUUAGAGUAAUUUCAUUCUUUAUUAAUUGAAUAAUAGUGGAAGAGAAAUGAAUUAUAAAUAGAUUUAUUUAUGUUAAUAAGUGGUUAUUCAAAGGUGUAUGAAAAAUAUAAUAAAUAAUAUCCAAAGAUAGAGAGAAUAUUGUAUCGGAUUUCAGUAGGAUUUGUAUUAGAUUGGAUAAAGAUUGAGGGAUUUGUAAAGUUUAUUUUAUAAAAUAGUAAAAUAUAUUAUUUGAAUAAAAUACAUGGAUUUUAUUCAUAUGAGAAUUCGUAUGUUUAAUAGAAAUCAGAAUAACAUUAAGUUUGUUUGUAUUUAAACUUACUUGGACCUAAUGAAUUAUUAGAUUAUGAAAAUAUAAUAGAAUUAGAAUUAGAUGAAUAAUAAUAAGGAUCAAAGUAAUUAUCAUUAGUAGCUAAUUUAUUAAUCAAUAGUUCUAAUAAUGAAUAGUUUUUACGUAUUUUUGAAGGAAGUUUGUUAGAAACUUUAAAGAGAGCACACAAAAACUUUAUGGCUUAAGAAUGGUGGUAUAAAAUAAAGAUAAAUAAUUAACUUAAUGGAUAAGAUUUAGCAUUUUUGAUUCCAUAUUGUUAAUAGAUUUAAACAAAAGUAUUAAAUAUAAAUAUAAAUUAGAAAUUGGCAAAAGAAAUACGUUUUGAAUAAUUAGAUAAUUCAUAUAAAUAGAAACGUUUACCAAUAGAAUAAUUGUUAUAUAAAUUUUCACAAAUUUGUUAUGUAGUAGAUAAUUAGAAAUCAAUAGUAAUAGUUAACAGUAGCUAAGAUGUACUAUAUUUGAUUGAUCUGAUGAAUGGUAUGAUAGAUAAUAUUCGAAUCCUAUAUUUAAUGAUGGACAAUCCACAUUAUGACUAAGAGAAGAUGAUCAAGCCACAUUAUGAUUGGUGUACUUAGCUAAUAAAGUAAUGUAUGGAUGAAAUGAUUUGA